AUGGCCACCAUGGAGGGCCCUCCUGGCCUCUCGGGGAUGGCUAGUAGGCAACGCUCCUUCGCGGAUAUGGUGGCGCAUACUCCACAAUCUUUGCCGGAAGUGGAGAUUCCUAUUGAUCGAUCAGCAGCUCCUUUUAAGUUUUCCAUAGUUUUGAAAUUUUUACGUCAACGUCCAUCGCUAGAUGCAAUAAGAUCAUUUAUAUGUUGUCGUUGGGGCCUUGGAUCUCAACUUGUUGUUUCAUCCAUGCAAAGGCCUAGGAGUGUUUUCAUUCAGUUAACAAAUGAAGAAGACUUUAUUAAAGCUUUGUCCAAAGAGAUGUGUGACAUUGAUGGGACUCCUUAUACGGCUUUCCACUGGCAUCCAGAUUUUCAUGAAGAUAAAGAAUCAUCCAUUGUCCCAGUGUGGGUUGUUCUUCCAGGACUUCCUCCUAACUAUUAUCAUGAGGAUUUUUUGAGGAAUAUUACGGCACUGUUUGGAAGACUCCUACGUAGGGAUAAUGCAACUCGGUGUGCAACUCAUACAAAUGGAGCCCGUGUUUGUGUGGAAAUGGACGCAUCAAAAGAAUCGAUGCAUGGGCUUUGGAUUGGAAUUCCAAGAAGAGCAACGAGUAGAUUCCAAGAAAUUGUUUAUGAAACACUACCGGCUUAUUGUGGAAAAUGUAAUAUGCAGGGAGACAAUUCUUAG